GCAAGAAUGAACUGAAAGUCACAAUGAAAGUGAUACUGUCAUCAUGAAAUCAUUUUUUGGACCAUCUGAAUGACUUUAAAUCUAAAAAAGGGUUGACCAUGAGAUAGAUUUGAUGGCACAGCACUGCUAGCAAGAUGUCAAAAAAGGAACCUUGUGUUAUCAAUCUCGACUCGUCGGGCUCAGACUGUGAGGUCCAGUGUACAGGAGUCAAUCAUGUUCCACGUGCACCAGCUGCCAGUUCCAAAACCAAACUUGUUACAUUUGUAAUUAAGCAAGAAGGAGGUCGUAUAGUCCCAGCAGGCAGAGGAUAUCUCAUCCAGCAGCGAGCCCCAGCAUCAUUAACAAGACAGGACCACACACCAGUUGUGAUAGAUUUGUCAUCUGACGAUGAGCCAAGCAACACCAAGAAAGUUAUAAAGAAGUCGAGCUCUCAGCAGUCUGAGGGUGCUUCAAGUCUGGUAGAGAGAAACAACAAUCAGCAGAAGAAUGAUACAGGCGAUGAAUUCCAGACACCUAGUUUUAGACCAGCCAUUGAUCGAUGUGCCACAAACACUUCGAAUUCAAGGAAAAAGACUUGCCUUUCAAGUUCUCAAUCGGGAUCAAGUAGUGCUGAGAGGAGAAAUAAAGAAAACGAACGCAUUCGGGACUUCAGAACCUUUGACUCUGGUUCAGAUAUUUCUAAAAAAUCAUGCAGUAAACGUCCGAAGGUAUCGAGCAAUGGGGAUGAGGCGUAUACAUCGGCAAGUUCUCUCGGUCGAUCUCCAGGAAGCAUGAAGAAAAAGCAAUUGCGUCGGAGGAUUGAGGAGAGACGGAAACGCCAUUUUCAGGACAGUUCUAGUGAUGAGGACGCAGAUUCUGAUGUAGGGACUGAUAGCCCACGUUCACGUUAUGCAAAGCUGAAAAGGACCAUCUCACCAAGAGCAGCAGUUUAUAAGUUGAAUUUGCCAGAUGGUGAUCCAGGGGAGUCCAGCAGUAAAUUAGAAGGUUCAAAAGCACGGAAAAAAUUGGACUUGGGAAAGAUAGAGUCUUCUUUGUCCAUGUGUCUGUCAUCUUCAAAAAAUGAACAAAAUGUUAGUAGUGCAAGCACUCAGCCGCCAAGUGGAUAUGAGAAGAACUCUAGCAGUGUUAGUACACAACCGCCGGAAAACAAUGAAAGCAGUAGUGGUAGUGACAUUUUUCCUGACUAUGAUAAACAAGCUCUCGGUCCAAAAACUAUGACCGCAAAACCACCUGAAACCCUACUCGAUAAGGAUAAACAAACAAUAUCAAGUGUCCGUACGAUGCUGCAUAAUUUGAAACAAUACAAAGAAAGUUUAUUCGCUCAUGUUACAGAUGUUGGUGCUACAUGUAAUGCCCAAUCUUCUCAAAUUGAGAAGGAAACUGUUGUUCCCUUUGAUGACCAAAAAUCCAUGAGCAGUGGGACUGCCUCGACACAUCCACCUGCUGUGGACAGUGACACUGAUCCUGAUCUAGAUGUGCCAUUGGUUGGACUUCGGAAUAAGGCUAAGAGUCUGAUGUCUAAUAAUGAAAUCUUACCAGCAGCUUGCGGUGGGGCAGCUAAGUUGAAGUCUGGCUUUUGGGCAGGUUUGUCCGAGGAAGUGGAAGAGAGACCGAAGCAGUUUGUUGGUGGAAACAUAAGCCAGACUCAAGAUAAGGACUCUGCUGUAAAAAGGUCUGGGUUCGAUCAUACACAUUUUGGUAAAUUGAAAAAUAUUUUACAAAGGGUGACUGAAGAGAGAAACGGUGGUUCUUCCGCUCAUGAGGAGGAUGGGCCUUCAACCAGUUCCAAACUAUCUUGGAUUACAGCUGUGGGUGAUAAGAGAAUUGAAGGUGUUAAAGUGUCGAGUGAUAGCAUAUUUGAAAGUUCAUUGUCAAAGGUUCACAGAGCAGGGCAAGGCUUGAAUGCGCUCAGUGAAAGUCCAUAUGAAACUAUUGAUAGCCCUGUAACAAAGGAAGUAGAAAGUAUGCUGGAUGAUGUGUCAGCCGAGGAGGAUGAAUCCAGUCUUGAUGAGGAGUAUCUCUUGCGAGAAAUCCCGAGUCGGACCGCUCCAAAUGCAAAGGAACUCCUAGACUGGACUGUUGAUUUAGACUUGGAUUUAGAUACAAAUGAAAAGGAACCUGCUAAGGAUGGAGAAAUCCAGACUAGUAACAUUCAAAAUCUGCGGGACAGUAGUCUGAUACAUAAAAUUGUCCAAAGUGAUGGUAUCAGACACAGUACUCCUAGAGUUGAGCAUGAUCGACUGCAACUACCAAAUUUCAAGGGUAGUGUACCGUCAUUGGUGUUGGAGGGUAGUGUACCAUCAUUGGUGUUGGAGGAAGAGCUGCCUAACACAGCAAUACAGAUGGAACCUGUGUUAGAUCAAGUGCCUCAUUCAAUAAAACCUGUUGAAGAGCCAGUGGCCACAACGCCUAAACUAGUUAUUGAAGAUUCAGUUGCCAGUAUGUCAGGAACAGUUGUCCAAGUCAAGAAGGAACCUCAAGUGUUUGUGAAGACUGAACGGAAGGAGUCUGUAAUGAUCGAUCUGACGGAUGAAACCGACAUAAAGCCAGAGACACCUGAUGUGGAGGUCGGUGCGGUUAAGAUAAAAACCGAGCCUGGCCUUGAUGGUGCAUUUGUACCGACUUUUAUCAAGAAGGAAGAGAGUGCUGAUGUUGGGGAGGGUUGGGUCUACUCACAGGAGGAUGGCGUCAUCACUAUUUAUGACUCUGAUGACGAUUAUAUGAGAGAAAUGUCACAGCACUCCAUGAUGGUGGAUAGCAGUGAUUCAGAUGUCCUAUGUAAUGAUACGAUAGAAGAGGUCGUCAUGAAAGAGGCGAUUUCCAAGCAGUCCUUGGCCGAGGUGUGGGCUCAGUUGGAGACAAUCUGCCCUCAGUUUGAUGGGGUGAAUGUGUUAGAUAUUGGGGGUCACAGCGGUGAAGAACAUGGCAUUGGGGAGCCGAGGGCUUUGUCUUCUGAGGACAAUGACAGCUGUGAUGACAUUGGUGGGGUCAACUUUGAUAUUGAUGAUGAUUCAGAUGGGGAUGUAGACAACGAAAGAGAAAUAGAUGAUGGAAAUGACAGUAUCAUAGGCGGAUCAGUCGAGGAGACUUCGGGAAAUGAAUCAAACAAUGAAUUAGGAUUCAUGAGCCAGGGAUUCAAUGUUGACCAUUCUUUUCGGGAAACAGAAUUCAUGAGUCAAGGUUUUACUGCCCAUCAGUCUUUCCGAGAAUCAGAGGAGGAAACAGAAGAAGAGGAAUGGCUCAAAACCUCUGAUGUUGCUGAAAAGACUUCAGUCGAGGAGGAAGUACAAUCAAGUGCAUCUGAAGAUAGUUUGAAUAAGAAAAGGAGGAAAUGUUCUGCUAAGUUAGUGGAAUCUGAAGAGUCAAAUGAUGAAGUGCUUGACAUGUCGUUGGUGGAGGUAAAGAAAGGAGUCAGAGAUGGGCAAAGGAAAAGGGACUCGGGAGAUUCAACUACCAGUGUUGCAUGCUCAGGUCGUGAAGAUUUUAGUGAUGAUAGCCUGCCAUCCUUGGUGCAUACACGUAGGAGAGAACCGAAGAAUGUUAAUAUGGGUGAGAUAUCAUCGGAUGUUGACCUUGACAUUAGAUGUGACAUGGAGAAGUUGCUUGAAACGUCAGGUGAAUCUGAUAACGAGGUAUUGAAUGGGUUACCUAGAAAGAGCAGAGCUAGAAGUGUGGAACGGGACACAGACUUGUCUUCAAAUGUUUCAAAACUGUCUGAGUCAGAAAAAAAGGGAAAAACUUCUGAGGGAACAACACAAGCUAGACGUCAAUUUGCAUUUGAUGUAACUGCUAAAGAACAACUUAAAUUGUCGUUAUCAAAAGUGAUGUCCUCUGAGUAUAAAUCCAAGAAAGCCGUGACAAAAGAGGGUGGUAAACAAACACCAAUUAAAGUGUCAGCUGAACGUUAUGAAUCUAGGCAUUCCAAAGAUUCAGAUAAACGUAGUAAACCUACAGGUGUGAAGGAUUUAGAAAAGGGCGGUGAUGAAAAGGAGGGUGCUAAAGGAAAGGAAAGACAUUUGUCCAGUGAUGCAACUUCUAGUAAAACUACCAACAUUGUUGCUAAGACAAAAUCAACAAAGUAUAAAGACUCCUCUAGAUGUGGAAUUGAGAACUUGUCUAAAAAGCUGCGUCAUUCAUCUGGCAGCUCAACAGGUGGUAAGUCCGGUAGUAAACAACGAACGCAGACGGCUGCAAGUUUGACUAAAGUUGCUGAAUGUGAAACUGUCAGUGGUGCAAAAUUGAAACAAAAAGAUACAUCUUGUAAAUCUGACUGUAAUGAAUCGAAACUGCAUUCUGGAAAAUCUGUGAAAUCUUCAACAUCCGAGUUUUUAGAAGGAUAUCGUGGAACUGUGAGGUCAGAGCAUCAUUUGUCGUUUAAAGCCAGUAUGUGUAUUGACUUGCGGGAAUCAUCUGCUGAAUCUGAUCAGUCGCUGGUCAUGGAGGGUGUUGACCUUGAUGGUCAAGGUCAUCUGGAUCGUAUGUCAGAUCAUGAUGAAGUUGCUAUGGAAACGGUGCAGUCUGCUGAUCCUGUCCAGCCUUGUCAAUCUGCAUCUAAUAAAAAGCUUAAGGCAGUGAAAGAAAAAGUGAUGAGUAAUUUCAAUCCGAAAUCAACACAGCUGACAGUGCCGCAGCAAGACAAGAGACUGGAGUGGAGGUACAAGAGACAGGAAGAGAGGAGGGAGAAGGAGACCAGGCAGAGAGAACGGCGAGCAGGGAAGGUGCAGAUAGUGAAGGAGGCGAGUCGGGAGGGAAGAAGAGAGAAAGAGACCAAGGCCAGGUAUGAUUCAUGUGAUGGUGAGGCAGCUGUUGACGUGUAUAGCUUCUACAGACCCAACUUGCCAAAGAGACGACCUGCCAAACCAGGACCGAUACCAUCCCCUGAUGAAGCAAAGUCCGAUGAAGACAGAGGUUGGCUGACCUCUGUUUCAAAAGGACCUCUUAAAAAGAGACGCAGUUCGUUGAUCGAACAAACGAUGAAGCAGAUACAAGGCUGCAAGCAGGCGGAGGUGGAUCGUAGACAGCUCUCCAGGGAGUUGAAGGAGAAGCGGAGAGUGACAAAGGGGAAAACACCACUGGCACCUGCAGGUUGGGAAGGUGCUCUGGCUGUAUCAUCAAACCGUCCUUUGGGAUCUUUUCGUAUUCCCCGCCUCCGGCAUUCAUCAGGCGACAGUGGAGCAGACGCACCAUCUGUUGAUCCUGGCCACUCAAAAGAUACGGAUGGUCAUGCUGGUCAAGUGGCACCACCUAGUGAGAAACGAGCUCGGAAGAAAAAACCAGUCCAACGAGGCUUCUCAUCAAGACAGGCCAUAUUGACAGACGCGAUGCUACAAACUAAGAAGCCUCCAUCGCGUAAACCUGCUCCAAAGAAAGAUAGGAAACAGCCAGCAGGCAGACAUGAAUCUGCUGAGAAAUCAACAUCUGUCAGAAAAGAAGGAGGUCAUUCAAAGUGGUCUGCUGAAAGUCAGGUAGCAGCUGUUCGAGGUCGAAAGGCAAAGGACGGUGAUAAAACAUCUGCACAUAAAUCUGAUUCUGUGAAAAAUAACCAAAGACAACAUAGAACAGUACCUUCUGACGUAAGUGCAUUACAUGAAUCUGUCUGUGGAGGGAAUACUAUGAUUAAGAGUGGUGGGAUCACUGAGCGUACCUUCAAACCGAUUCAGGAAAGAGGUGAGAGCCCGAUGGAUGAUGGUCCUGCCCCCGGACUUCCAGAGGAGCCGACUGGUGAUAUCAGGCACAUCGUGCAAGAGCCUGUUGAUGAUAUCAGGAUUGUGGUGCUGGAAUCAACUUUUUAUAAAAAAAAUGGUGAUCAAGUUGUUGGCAUUCUUAAGGAGCCUGGUGUGCGUAAACCAAAGGGACGUUUACGCUGGGAUCCCAGGGUGAAAUCACCCGAGCCCCGUCCAAUCCGCUCUAACCAAUUCGAAGCUGUGCUACCUGUCUCGCAGGAGAUCGAAGAGCCACUUGAACAGGCUGAUAGCCGAUUCCAAUCUCUCCCGAUACCACGGAAAGACCAGAACAUAUCAUUGCCAGCCUUGCUAGAUGAUUUUGUUUUGUACAUACUUAACUGGAACUACAGCUGGCUGAAAGAACAAGAAAAAAUGACUGUUCCACCCCCAAUCAUUGACACAAGCCGAAUACAUCCGAACCAACGGACGUUUGAUACCAUGGUCGACUAUUAUAAGGUUUUCACUCCGUACAUAAUGCUGGAAACCUGGCAGAAGAUGUUCAAUGAUCAUAUUAAGCAUGCCAGCCCACAGUUUAAACAUGAUGUUGUCAUCACUGGUCUGAAGCCGCCGCAAGGCAAUGGCCACAUGUGCUCCAUGGAUCUCAUCUGUAAAGCUAAAAUCAUGAAAGGAGAAAGACGGAUAUUCCAAGAAGACGACUUGGUCAUGGCAGUGGUGCAGCUCGCUGAAACUGGUGUUCAUUGUCCUGUGCUGGCAUAUGUCAAGAAAUGUACAGUGGUUCCUGUUAACCCGACAGACUUUGACGACCGCUCAUUGGAAUUCUGUUGGAACGGACAUGAGCGCCGAGACCUCAUUCAAAACUAUGAUCUCGCCAUCUACAAACUGACGUUAAAGUUCAGGAAGAUCGUCUACGCUCCUGGCACCAUCAUACCAGUUCGUGCUGUCUCCUCCCUCAGUAUGGCCAUACGCCAGUUCUCUGCCAUGUUCUUCCUCAGCAAGAACAUGACUCUACGCCAGCACAUCCUCAAACCAAACCGACCAAACGUCUUCAACGAAUCCACUGCCGUCCUUGAUAAAAAAGUCAUGAGUGCUGGCUACCAUAAAGACCAAGCUGAUGCCAUCUGUAUCGCUGCCAAGGCUGCACUCCAGCCAUACGCUGUCGCUAGGAUCAUCCUGAUCAAAGGUCCGGCAGGCUCUGGCAAGUCUCACAUGGUGCCAGAAAUCAUCAGGCAAAUCAUGAAGUUGGAGAAAGAUUGGAUUGGGGGCAAACCUAAGGUGCUCUUGUGUGCCCCAAAUGAAUGUGCGCUUGAUAACAUGGUGAGGAAGGUGCUGAAGAGGAAGCAAGAGCUCAAGAUUAACCUCCUACGAAUAGGCUCGAGGAAUGUCCACCCAGAUGUGCUUCCAUUUUGUCUUGACAACCUGGUUAAAAUGCAGGCUAACAACUUGGCAAAGAUUGAGCGGAAUGCACAUGUGAGCGAUCUGAAAAAAGACUUGCUGAACCUGAAAGAUAGUAUCAACAGAAACACAGCAAGGAUGCAGUCGCUGCGAUUAGAUGGAAGGGCUCAAAGCAUGAACGAGGCAAAGUGCUUGGAAGGGGUGGUCAACCGGGAAAGAACAAGGAAAGACAACCAACAGAAGAUUUAUGAUCAACUUGUGGGGCAUGCCAGCAACGACGCAAUGAUUCAACAUCGUUUCAAAGAGGCUGAGAUCAGACAGGACCUGCUUCAUGCAACCGAAGUAAUCUGCUGCGUGUUGAACUCACCUGAUGCUAACGUUCUCAUGGAUCACUUCAAGACGAGUCUGAAGGGCCAACAGGCCAACACGAGGCAGCUCAACUUCACAUGUGCUAUCAUUGAUGAGGCCACAUCAUGCACAGAACUCGACACAUUGAUACCGCUCCAGUUUGGGACAAGUAAACUAAUCCUGCUCGGUGAUACAGAGCAGUUGCAGGCCAGUGUUGCAGCGGAGAAGUCCUAUCAACUGAAGUUAGGAUGCUCCCUGUUCAAGCGGCUCAUUGAGUAUUGGCAUUUUAAGUGUGAGACGCUGCAUCGACCAGUGCUGGAACUGAGGAUGCUGCAUCGAGCAGGACCUGAGGUGAUGAUGUUCCCGUAUAGGCAUUUCUAUAAGCAGGACAAGUGUCCACCCUAUUCUACGAGAACAGACCGAAGUGACAAGGCGAGCGGGAUUUUGCCAUAUUUGGUGUUUGACAUCAUUGAGAAAAAGGUCCUCGAGAACCAAGGUGAUUCACCAGAUUCCCUGGAGAUGAUGUUCCUCCUUAAGCUGUGUGAAACCAUCAAGGAGCAGAACGGCGACAUCAAGAUCGUCAUCUUACCACCGACCGAUGACCUGAAGAAGGCCAUCAGAGCAAGAUUCCAACUCACCAACCUAAGGAACGUGGAUGUCUUGCGCUACCACUCGCUACAAGGCAAGGAGUAUCCCGUUGUGAUCAUCCCUUGUUUCUGUAUUGGCAACAAUAUGGAUCCCAUUGGUGAACUGGCACAGUCCCGCAAGUGUUUGGUGGCUCUUACAAGGGCUCAGAGAGCCCUCUAUAUCUGUGGACGGAUGCAUAAUAUUGCAAAUCGCUCAGAACUCUGGAAGAAUCUGGUCAAUGACGCCGCCAACAGGGGCAAAUUGGUUAAAGUAGACAAGAAGAUGGAUGCCCAGCGAAUCAAACGUUGAGGAGAUAAAACAAACACUGUACUGUGUGUGGCCUUGCCUGAAGAUUUUAUGUCUCGGCCUUGAUAGUGUUAUGCUUGAAUUCUUUCUGCACUCAAGUACUCAUCACGUCACAUUCCACUCAUUACAUCACAUUCAUGAGCUCCAGCAGAGGGGCCAUUUCUGGCUCUCUUACACUUGUAUUUGGUUUAUGGAAAGCC